AUGGAGUGUGGUUGGAAUUGCAUGAAAUUUUUGGGCUAUGAAAUAAAAUUGAAAUAUAGUGAAAUAAUGUAAUUUGAAAGCUGAUUUUCCGAUAGAGGAGGAGUAUUUUACAAUUAAACAGGAAUGAAAAAUAUUUUGGGAUGAUGUUUAAGCGAUUUAGUAAUCACCAAUUGAAUUAAAUAAAGUUUAGCACACUGUUAAAAUUUAACCUGCUCUAGCAGUAGUACAAAUAUAUUAAAUUUAUUCAACUGAGCAAAUCAAAGAUCAAUGCGAAUUAGAAUACUUAUUUACAAAAGAUUAAAACUCUGCUGUAACUAAGAUGAUUGUAAAACUUGGAGAUUAAAAGGUUUAUGGAGUAAUAAAAGAAUUAGAGGAGGCAAAAACAGAAUAUAAAAGGGAAUAAAUGAAGUAAAAUAAUGGUUCUAAGCAAAGAAGAUUCAACUAUAUCAAAUAUGAAAAAGGUAAAAAUUGGUUGCUUAUGUCCUGGUAAAUUUUUAAGAAUUCAAUUUGA